UUUGUUUGUCAGUGAACUUUAUUUUCGUGGAAAGAUGGCGCGCGAAUACUUUGAGCGCCAGAGUUCUAUGAAACGAUCGAGUGUAAGAAGUUCAUCCGCUGACCCGCUAUGGCGAAACAGUAGGGUUCCGUCUUUUCAAGACGUAACAGAUCAUUUCCCUCCGUCUUCACAGCUGAAAAAUCAAAACUUUGUCGAUCCAAAUUACCGCGACCCGAGAAAAAGAUCACCCGAUCAAGAUCAGCAAUAUCAUCGAUCACAAAACUUGCCACUCAAUCGUGGUGUUGUUAAAAAUCAGAAUAAUAUUCAGUACGAUUCACACAAUGCCCGACAAGAUGGUGCAUUACAGAGACCCUACGACGAUUGGUUUCAUGAUGAACGUGAGGUUGAUAGGAGAAUGCAGAUGCGUCGUGAUAUUGACGCGGAUGACAGGAUACGUGUAGUAUUACCAGCGUAUCUACCGCCACCUAGAUGGUUGCCUCCAGAUAUGCGAACGGUGAAUUCAGAUUACGAAAUAGACGAAACUAUCUUCAUGCCCAGAAAAGUAACUCUCGUGAAAGGGAAAGCUGGUCAAGUUUUCGGAUUUGAUAUUCGAGGAGGUUAUAAUCUAAACUGUGGAGUUUUCGUGGCUGUUGUGCUGAAGGGCACUUUGGCAGAGAAGCACGGUCUGAGGGUGAGAGAUCUGUUGAUAGAAGUGAACGGAAGGGAUUUCAGGUCAAUCAGUUUCCAAGAAGCCCAUAAUUAUCUCAAGUCACAUGUGAAACUAGAACUACUGGUGCGAAAUUUCCCGGCUGGAUUUGAGACAACUCUGCUGUACGAGAAGUCUCCUGAUACAUCUAGAAGAUGGGUCGCCUCCCGUUAGAACUCAAACUGAAUUCCUAAUGUUCCACUCGUUGUGAUUCCUACAUAUCAGUGACAGAGGUGCUAGGUCAAUAAGACGACGGGACUUUACGCCGAAGAGAUCUCAGAUAAAAUUUCAAACUUUUCUAUUGCAUCAAAGCAUUGCUAAAAUACGUUUUCUCUCUACUAGCUGAUCCGUUUUUUCGAGGCAAUUUUGAAAUGAUUAACUUCUAAACU